GAGAUGCGCGCCGCCGGCCCUUUCUGAGGAUCCCGGAGCCCACCGCCGCGAUGGAAGAGGACCAGGAGCUGGAGAGAAAAAUGCAUGGAUUGAAGACCUCCAUGGCGGAAGGUGAGCGGAAGACUGCCCUGGAAAUGGUCCAGGCAGCGGGAUCAGAUAGGCAUUGUGUGACCUUUGUAUUGCACGAAGAGGACCAUACCCUGGGGAACUCUCUCCGGUACAUGAUCAUGAAGAACCCCGAAGUGGACUUUUGUGGCUACACGACGACCCACCCUUCCGAGAGCAAGAUCAACCUGCGCAUCCAAACUCGAGGGGGUCUUCCAGCCGUGGAGCCCUUCCAGAGAGGCCUCAGCGAGCUCAUGAGUGUGUGCCAGCACGUGCUGGACAAGUUCGAGGCCAGCAUAAAGGACUAUAAGGAACAGAGAGCGAGCCAAAGUGAAUCGGCAUUCUAGCGUCCCACCCCCCUUUUCAAGGUGUGUGGAGGCUGUUCUAGAACAUUCCGUGAGGUAGGACUGUUGGAGGGGCACAUGCUAUAGUCUUAAGAAAGCGUGCUUCUAGCUGCUGACCCAUGGCGGCCGCAGGGUUCCCUGCACACAUCCUUGUCACAUUCUGCCAAUAAAUGCCCUCCUUUAUUGAA